ACCAAAUCCUCUUUCCUCUUCCUCCUUGCUCCUCCAUUUCAAUUCAUACGCCUCCAGAAAGCUCCUUUUUCCAUUUGGUUUUUGCGAAUUUAUCGCCUGACUCAGUAAUCUCUUUGUGUUGUUCUUAUUUUCAUUCGAUUGUUCCCGGGCUUUUCAACGCCGUUCUGUUUCCGGAUUUUGAUGCUUUCUGUUGCGGAUUUCGAGAUUUUCUUUUCGUAACUACUUUUUUCGGAUAAUUCGGCGAUGUGCGGAUCAAUCUUCGAUUGGCUGUUGGAUUUGGAUUCUAGAUUAGAGAUUCUGUCUGGGAUUUUCAGCUAUGUUUGAUUGGAACGACGAAGAGCUUGCGAAUAUAAUAUGGGGUGAGGCAGCGGAUAGUGAUGAUCAUAUUGUGCCUUAUCGGGAGGCUAGUGAGAAUUAUUAUGACAAGAAAGAAUGGAAUCAAGACACGGUAUACACGAAAGUUGUGGAGCAAAAGUCACCCGGGACUGAUGUUGAUGAUAACCAUGGAAGAAAGCUGGAAAGCAGUCCUGGCAAAGAAGGAACCUCCACCUCAAACCUCAGCAAUGAUCCAUUGGCUGACGUAUCCUUGUCUAAACCUUCCAGAAUUGACCGGGACUCUAAGGGUACUGAAGUAUCUCAUGAAUUAAUUGAAAAUAGCAAAUAUAAUUCACCAAGACGUGCUGCGAUGACCAAAGGUGCAACAAAUUUUCAAAGUAGUGAAGAAGGUAAAGAACAGGCUGAUUUUGUCGACUAUGGAUGGGCUAAUAUUGGAAGUUUUGAUGACCUAGAUAGAAUUUUCAGCAAUGAUGACCCAAUAUUUGGCCAAGUAAGUCUCCAUGAUGCUGAUGAGCUAUGGUCUUCUUCUUCGAAAGAUUUGCGUAACAGCCCAAUGAAGCUAUUCCCAACUGUGGAGUCGCAAAAUUUGGACUCAGGAGUGGACACUGAAAAAAUAAAGAAUCCAGAGUACUCGAAACAAAAUGAGCAAGUAUCUACUCUUCCCAAUGGGCAAAGUAGUGAUGUUGGACCACUUGGGCUGCAGACUGGAAGUGCGAUCUUAACAAAUGUAGAAGGAGAUAUGACUGUAGCUAAUGCAAAGGAUCGGACAGAUCUGGAGACAAUACCCAACCCAGCUGCAGCCACACUUCACCAAAGAACUGAUAUUAUCGCAUCUGCCAAUGAGUUUUCAAAUAAGAUUGGUAGGCAGAAGAAACUGUUGAGAUCUCGUAAAAGAUCUGAGGGGAAAAGCGAUGAGAAGAUGUUUCAAGACUUUUGUGGUAACUGGCCUUCAUCAACGAACCCAGCAGGUCAGUUUGAUAACAAUUUAGCUCUACAGCUGGGAACAUCUUCGCCUUCAGUUAUGACUAAACAUCGGCAUCUACAAGGAAUUGAGUCAUUGCAUUACCAUCGAAGUUCCAAUCCUUUGAUGCACCAGUCAUUUUAUCCAAUUGCUGCAAAUACAUAUUCUGCUGUACCCUUGCUGUCCCAAAUUCAGCCGGUAGAUCUCCAGCAUCAGCCUCUUCUUGGUCAAGAUAUUUCCCCCAGUGGUGCGAAUCGGGUGGACAAGCCAGCCGAUGGGUUUGUGAAGUCUCUUACCAUGACACCUCAAGAAAAAAUUGAAAAACUUAGGAGAAGGCAACAAAUGCAGGCAAUGCUUGCCAUUCAAAAACAACAGCAACAGUUCAAUAGUCAAGUCUCUACUACUAGUCAAUCUAUUUCUCCAAAAUGUCCCCAAGAAGUUCAGUCGCAGCACAUUGAAAAGACUGAUAUUGAUUCUGAAGAAAUAUACACUCUUCCCGCUCUAGAUCCAAAGUCGCCUUUAGAGCAAGAUGAUUCUAAUACAGUCUCCACCACAGUUGAUCGUUGUUCUAUGGAAGAUACAAUUCUUUGCAGGCUUCAAGAAAUUAUUUCAAAGCUGGAUUUCAAAAUCAGACUUUGUAUCCGGGACAGCUUGUUCCGAUUGGCUCAAAGUGCAAUACAAAGACAUUAUGCUAACGAUACAAGUAGUUCCAACAAAAGUACCAGAGAUGAGAAUGACUUCACGGCAAAAGGAGAAAUCAAUAGUCAUUGCAGAAUUGCCGGGGUGUCGGAUGCUGAAACAGAGACCAACCCCAUCGAUAGAACUGUGGCUCAUCUGCUCUUCUAUAGACCCUUUGAAUUUUCACAAAAUUAUAUCGAUGCGCCUGAAUCUCCUAUUUCUGCCAAGCUUUCUUCUGAGCAGAAGGCAGGUUUGAAGAGCUUGCCAAUGGAAUUCUUUCCUUAUGAUGCAUCAGGCGAACGUCAUAUUUCUCUCGAUGGGUCUAAAAGUUCUUGGACGUUAGCAGAGACGCAGCAGCAGAUAAAAACUAGUCCUUGUAUGGACACAUCAGAUAACACGUCGAAUACUGGAUUGGUAGAUGAUGUAGUUCUGGAGUACGAAGCUUCCCAGUGAGGAGUUGUCCUUGUCAUUAAUAUCAUACGGAUCUUACAAACCGCAGUUGCGGGAGCUUUAAAACAUCAACCAACUCGUGGAGCUUGAAGUAUCAAAAUCUCGGAACGUACAUUUGGAAAUAUUGACAUCUCAAAACGUACGUGUCUGUAUUCAGAAAAAAUAAACUCAGAAGAACGAUUUGGAGACCAAGUUGUCUGUAUCUUAACAUGCACCAGCAAUAACUGGGUUGUAUUAUUUAUGUGAUGCUAAUGUCUAUGUAGUGCCUGUGAGCGUCUGGAUGUUUUUUUAAUUCUAUUUUAGUCCUUGUUGGAAGAUUGAAACAUAACGUUAGAUCAUUCAUCACUCCAAACUAAUGGAGUUUCCACGACUCUGAUAAAAAGUUCAUCCUAGUGGUUACCUUCUCGAGGUGGAAGUUUGUGAAUUUGUAUUCUCAACGAGCUUCUCGAGUUCUGGUUGGAUUUUGGGAUAACUCAGUUUGUGUAUGUGUAAAAAUAUAUAUGUUUAUGCC